ACCAACCACUGAUGGUAGUAGGAAAAGCAGCGAUAGUAGCAGCAAAGGCAUUAGCAAGAACAGCAGCAGCAGUGGAAGCAAGGACAGUGCUAGCGGCGGCAGCAGCAGGAGCAGGAGAAGUGCUAGCGACAACCAGAAUGGCAAGGCAGCCACAUCAAGAAGUGAAAGAAGCAGGCGGGAAUCAGAGAGCAGUCACAGCAGCAGCAGCAGAAGCAGAAGUGGCAGCAGCAGUAGCAGUAGCAGCAGCAGCACCAGCAUUAGUGGCACCAGCAGCAGGAGUAGCAGCAGGAACGGAGGAGGCGGUGGUGGUGAAGGGCAAGUUCCUAAUAGUGAGGUGAAGAAGACUCUAGACAUGUUCCUCUCGGCUGCUGUCAGACUGGUGAUGCAAGGGGAGCAUAACAAGGCUCUUGAAAUCUUUGACAAGGUGUUGGAGCAGAAGGUAUUCACGGACCAUGCACUGACGUACCGUGGGACAGUCUACGCCCUCAUGCACCGCUACCCGGAAGCCAUUGCUGACUUUACCAAGGCUUUGGAGUUCAAUCCGGCCUUCUAUGAGGCGAGGAGGAGGCGUGGACAGACGUACACAGCCAUGGGCAGGAACGAUGAGGCAGUAAAGGAUUUGACAGCAGUGAUCGAGGCUCGCCCCACCGACUGGCCUGCAUAUAUGGAGCGAGGCAUAGCGUACUUCAAUGCGCGGUUCAUCUUCCAGGCCCUCAGCGACCUGCGAACAGUCACCACACACGAGCCUAAAAAUGCCCAGGCUCUCUUCUUCCUGGCGCAGGCGCACAUGCACGGGGGAGAGUGUGCGGCGGCUAUACCGCUGCUGCACCGGGUGAAGCAGCUGGAUCCGAACUUGAAGGGGCUGCUGGUGCAGCUGGGGCAGGCGUACAAGGAGGAAUCGCGCCUGGAGGAGGCGGAGGAGACGUACCGACAGGCACUGGAGAAGGAACCACAGAAUCUGUUGGGUUACCAUCUGUACUCGAAUCUCAAGCACGGCAUGGGAUACCAUAGGGAGGCGAUGGAGAUAGCUCGUAAAGGGCUGAGACUAGCAGACGCCAACGACUUGGAUCUGCGAUACAUGGAGGCCUCGUGCCUGCACGCCCUGGGGUACUUCCCCCAGGCCAUCCAGGCCUACUCUGCCAUUCUCGCCCUGCAGCUGGCCCCGGGCGUGGACCAGACCAAGCAGUUCCAGUCCUUCUACCAGCGCGAGUUGACAGCAUACCUGGCGCAGAGGCGCGGCAAGCCAGUGACAGCAUACAGCAUAGACGACGACAUGCACCCCACGUUCAAGGAGCUCUGGGCCAAGCGCAUCGCCUACGCGCCACUCUUCCCCGGGUACCAGCUCCAGCCGCUCCGCACCGCACUCAAGCUCGCAGCACCGGAGACCGGCGGGCACAACGUGAGGUUCUCGGAGAGGGUGCGGAGGGUGCUAGGGGCGGCGGAUGAGCUAGGGAAGAGGACGCAGUAUUGGUGUAAUGGGUUUCUGAGGAACCGCAGGCAGCACCGCAUGGCAGGGCUUGCGAUCCUGGAUGUUAGGGAUAUGGUGAGGGAGACGUGGAAGAGAAUGAGGCAGGAGAGGGAUGGGGAGGGAAGGGCAGCAACGGUGGGAGAAGGGGGAAGUGGUGAAGGUGGUGGUGAGGAGGUGGGGAGCGGUAGGGGGCGACAGAGGGGGAAGAGGCGGCAGCAACGGCAGCAGCAGUGGCAGCAGAAGCAGGAGAAACAGCAGGAGGGGCCAGAGCAGGAGCAGGAGCAAAGCAGGGCAGGGGGGAGGAGGGGUGGAGCAGCAGGGUAUGUGCGACGGUGGCGAGACAUCUAUGACCGCGUGGUGCGGUGGAGGCAACUGGGGGAACCCAUUGAACCAGUUGUGUGGAUCGACAAGCUCACGCGCAAGGAGUUUGAGGAUGGCUUUGGAUCUGUCACGGCCAUGCUGGUCAGCCAGCUUAAGAGCACCAAAUACUACUUUGCUUUCGACAGGGCGUUUGCGAUAAUGAAGGAGCAGGUGCGGCACAGGCACAUGGUGUGGAACGGCUACGAGCAGUCCGUGCCUCUCUCCCAUACUGCCGUGCACCAGGUGGAGCAUGCAGAGACAGCAGAGGAGGCGUGGAAGGCAAUAGGGCAGGACUACUGGGUGGUCACGCCCUGCUACAGCACCGCUCGACCAGGGGUUGUGAUGAACGGCACUCGACUCACCAUGGUCAAGACCCCCACCUACUACGAGUUUUCCAUCAAGACUCCUGUCGUUCCCACCCGCUGGGACGAGUACGAUUUCGAGAUGGAAACUGCUUGGAAGGAUCUAUGUGAGGGGUACCUCGACGAUAUCCUGAAAGCAUCGGAUGUCGACGCGUAUAGAAGGCGAAUCCACCAUGCCAUACUUCGCAUGGGCUUCUAUUGGUACAACUUCAUGCCCAUGGCGCGAGGAACGGCCAUGGUGGGCUAUGUGUCCAUGCUGGGGCUCUUCGCUGCAGCAGACAUGCAUGUCACAGCGGACAUCCCCAAGGGAGCUCAGGUUGACUGGGAGGGCAUUCUAACCCCGCGAGCCGAAGAUUUUAUUGCAUCCCUAUCAAAAUGGAUGCUGCCCUCCAUUGAUUACAGUUCCCAUGUUUUCACCAAUUUGCCGCACAUCACUGUGGCUGACGCCCUCCCAACCCUGCUGGAUGUCAUAAAUGCUCUAAGCUUUCAUGAAGAGGACAAAAACAUAGUGUAA